GUUUAGAAUGACGUAGAGGAACUUGAUGCUACAAUCACACAGCUCUUUAGCCGGCUACCCCCUUUUGCCGAGAAGGGAGCCAUUGGGAAUAGGCACGUUGCCCCCCACCUGGUCUAUUUGGGUGGAUUUAUGUGACAUUCUAGAGGCAGAAGCAUCUAGUUUUCCAAAACUAUGGACUUUCUAGAAUUGCGGGAGGUCAGAAUUGGUAUGAAGAAAGAAAUACUUGAUUCACCACUUUCUGCAGCUCUCCUUGACGACAGAUUUCUAAACUAAGUUUCUGGACAACAACAUUCGAGUUCAAGGUCUUCAGGAUUUCAGCAAGGCAAAGAAAACAAAGGGUCAAAACAUACAAUAACAGGCAAUCAUAUUGAAAAAGAAAAUAGUCUGAUAUUAUUGUGAUUAUAUCCUUGUGACAUAUUAGAAAUCAAAAACAAAAACAUGGCUUUGAUGCCCAUAAAAUUUGACUUGGCCAAGCGAGUCAAGCUGGCCCAAGGACUGUGGCUCCUGUACUGGGUCACCGUGAUGGCCGGGAUCCUCAUCUUCAGCAUGGGGAUCUUCUUCAAGAUUGAGCUACGCAAGAGGAGUGAGAUGAUGGAUAACAACGAGAGCCAUUUUGUGCCCAACCUACUCAUCCUGGUGGGACUGGCGGCCUGUGGUGUCAACGCUUUUGGGGGCAAAGUGUGCCAUGACUCCCUCGACUCUGUCAAGUUCACCAAAUGGAAACCCAUGUUGAAGACCUACAUGAGCGGAUGUGUGGUUUUCUGUUUCACCCUCUUCAUCACAGCUUUGUUGUGUUUCUUGAUGCAGAUCUCUCUGCACUUUGCCCUGGCCGAAGGCCUUAAGAAUGGAUUGAAGUACUACAAAGACACCGACACGCCAGGACGAUGCUUCAUGAAGAGAACCCUGGAUAUGACCCAGAUUGAGUUCCGCUGCUGUGGUAACAACAACUACAAGGACUGGUUCGAGAUCCAGUGGAUUAGCAACCGCUACCUUGAUUUCAGCAAUGAUGAGGUUAAAGAUCGUGUUCAGAGCAACGUGGAAGGAAAAUACCUGAUGGAAAGCGUUCCCUUCAGUUGCUGCAACCCCAGCUCUCCUCGCCCCUGUAUUCAGCAUCACCUGACCAACAACUCAGCUCACUACAGCUACGACCACCACACUGAGGAUCUAAACAUCUGGACCAGAGGUUGCCGUGAGGCUCUAGUGUCCUACUAUGGGGGCAUGAUGAACAGUAUUGGUGCUUUUGUGCUGCUAUUCAUUAUUAUGGAGGUUGCUGUGACUGUUGGACUGCAGUACUUGAGCUCUUCCCUUGAAACCCUUGCAGAUCCAGAGAAUCCAGAGAGUGAGAGUGAGGGCUGGUUGUUGGAAAAGAGUGUGAAGGAGACGGUUUCUAGCAUCAUGGCAAAGAUCAAGUCAUUGGGUAAAGGCAACCAGGUACAGGAGGGAGAGGCACAGGCAACAGAAAGCUGAGAAAGCCACGCCCCCUACUGCCUCAUUGGGAGUGAGGCCACUCCCAUUUUAGGGAGAAAUUAAAAAAAUAUAUAUUCUCCCUUGAAGAUAUUUGUAUGUAUGUUCACAUAAGAUCAAGCAUACACAAAUACAUAUUCUACAGCAAAUGUUUUAAUGAGAUUCCAAUUGAUAUGAAUGUACAAUAUGUCCACACGACUAUGUAAAUAUAAUUUCUGAGUUUUAUUUUUUAAAAUGCAAUAUUUUAAGGUAAGAUUCUGAUUUUAGCAUCUAACCAUACACACAGGCCUCACAGUCAAGAAUGUUUGUAGUGGUUUGACUAAAAGUUUGACCCAUAUAUUUCUAGUUUAUUUUUCGGUUGAGCGGAUGUUUAACCCGACAGCCUCACACAUCCAUUUACAUACUACUAGUUUUCUUAUAUUUUACCAUAAAGCACUAUGGGACACUAUAAAAAAAAAAUUAGGAAAAAUAAAAUCUGAAUUUACUUCUCUUGAAGAGGUCACACGGCAGCUUUCAACUGGCAGCUGAGGAAAAUGUGUUUUUGUAAGUGUCCAGUCACCUCCCAGACCUUAAAGUGAUGAAAACCUUGUUUUUUACCCAAUGCUGCCUUUAACAGGCCUUAGGUUGUCUGACUAUUGUCAAAAGCACAAACUUUGAUGGAGAUCUACUGGACCCUGUAAUAAUGGGGGAACAUUUCUGUAACAACAAAACAUUUGUAUUCACCAAGUUCACCAUUAAUGUGUGUCUUUCUCGGGUUAAAUAUCUGCCUCACAAGUUGAAGAAAUAUGAAACCAGGGUUUCUGCCUCAACACUUUGCACUGUUAAAGUGUUCGGUAUGGUUUUGAGAUGGUUAGAGUUGUUCCCACAAUUUGUGACCACAACAAAUUUUCAUUACCUUUUCAGUCAAUCAUAAUUACUGGAUUCAUUUUUAUAGAGAUUGCACUCACAAAGAGCAAUUUUUAGCCGAUAAAAUAUUUUUGAGCUUAGCAUUAUUAGAAAAAAUUUAUAUUAAUAAUAUAACUUCCCAAGACUUUAGAUUUUUCAGGCCUGGAAAUCUCCUGAAAUUUCCUGAUAUUUCCAGGUUUUCCAUGACCAUGGGAACCCCCCUACAGAGUACCACCUUAUAAAAUAAUUUAGUUUUGUGGUCAAUUGUGUUUGUUUGUUGUUUUCUAAGUCUUAACUAAGUCAGACAACCCAAUCAGGUGUAAUUUGUUUUCUUAUUUUUGUGUGCAUUUAUUAUUUUGACAGGUACCUAUUUCUGUACAUUUGACUUUGCAGUAAUGUCAGUCUUUGUGGAUUGAGUGGAUCAUGUAGGCAACUCCAUUUUCUGAGAUAAAGAUAUUCAGUGUUAUUCUGUUUUAUUUCGUUGUUCUUUUUAUUAUUUUUUAAUGCAUACCAAGCUCCAAAAGAAUUCUUGAAAAGAAGCAGCACUGUGUUUCAGUUUAACCGGUAUUUUCAGAGUUAGAUGACUUAAAUAUGAGGGGUAAUGGCUGUGAAGCUGGUCAGAGGUAAGAGGUGUUUGGACAUUUGCAGCCCAGCGGGACACAGCUUUACCUGAUUGGAUGAGGAGGAAAUAAAUUUCUCUAAGUGAGGCUUUUGUCCAGGUUGGAACAAACAGCUAACCGUCCAUCCUCAGAAUACCUUUGGGUAGUUGAUAAAUAACAUUGACAUUAACAUCUUUUAAUAACUUUUCAUUAAAUAUACUAAAAUGUAUAGAAAGUGCUGUGACUGGUCCUGCAGUGUGACAAAUUAAUUUAAAGAAAAUAAAAAACUACAAUUUGUUGCACACUGAAUUGUGAUUAUCAUAACAAAUAUCAAAGUUUUUUUUACAGAAAUCAUAGUUACAUUCAUUGAUCUAAUCAUGAUAAUGAGGAACCGUCUAUGGUUUUUACCUGUUAUGAUCUUAAUACAAAUAUCAAAGUUACACUGUGGUCAUCAUGCAAUAACUAUAGUACUAUAGUAUAAGACCUUGGCAUUGGGGUUAGCAGGUUGAACAUAAUAGUGAGUGCUGAAUAGUGCUAGACAUCUGUCAUCUGGAAUUUUCUCCAGCCCUGAAGUUUAUGAACAGUGACUGGUGGAUAAGAACAGCUAAUCAGCUUUGUGGAGCAGCUUACGUCCUCAGGUGAAGCUCUGGGACAGGUGUGUCUCACACAGAGACAGGACACAAGCACACUGGAUGGCUCCAGGAACUGUCUAUGGAAGGUAACCCCAAUCUCUUACUGCACAUGAAGCUGUGCAGUAAGAGCUGUGCAGUAACAAAAUGCAACUGGAAGCAUUUGUAAAACGUUAUUUAUAUACACCUCAUUUAUGUAGAACUAUAAUUAAAUAUUCUGACAGUGUGUGACUGACAACAAUCUUGUGUUGUUUCCCUCACCCGUGGUAAAAAUUACAGGCAUGCAUUUCACGAUGUCUUAUUAGGAAUUGUCUUUAUAUAUUAGAUUACUUUGAGGAGUUCCAUGUCCACAGUGAGCUCGCUGGACACCAGGAGGCUGGACAAUGGCUUUCACUCUGGAUGUAAUCCUCUUUAGUCUAGCGUUCAUGGAUGAAUGAGAGAUUUGGACUAAACUAGGACACACCCGAGAAGAGCUGUAGCCAGUGAAAUGGGUUAUUUACUAUUAACUGGGUCAAAUAUUCACCUACAUAAGCUUAGAUGCUUUUGAACAUACCAGCAUUUCAAGCCCAAUUACCAGUGUGUGCAGGGGUGGGCCCAGCUAACAAAAAUGUAAACUGUCAUCAUAUACACACCCUUGUGUUGUUCUGAACCUGUAUGAAUUUUUUGUUCUGUGAAAUGCAAAAGGAGAUAGAAGGCAGAAGGGACAGAAAUUCUCAUUCACCAUUCACUUUCAUUGCAUCAUUUUUUCUAUAAAAAUGAAUGGUGACUGAGACUGAAUAUUUCAAUAUCUUCCACUAAAGAAAGACAUUCAGGUUUGGAACAUACCGAGCCCCUCUGAGAGGGAGGGAUAUCCAGCAGGUCCGAGAACAUUAUUUUUUGAGCAUCUCAGAGGCAGGUAAAUUUGAGUGUCGUCUGCAUAACAAUGGAAGGACACACCAUGUUUCCAUGUUGGCAGUAUUGUGAGAAGUCCACUGACAUUGUGGUAAAUGUUCCUAACUUUUACAUGUUAUUUUCAUGAAAGAUACAUGCUGUAAAAUUGACAAUAAAAGCAGUAUUUUUAAGAGGGGAAAAAACAUAUGUUUUUAUAAAUUAAUUUGUUAGGUAUUUUUAUGCUCUUGUUCUUUUAAGGGUUUAUGAUCAGCAUGCUUAGUAAUUUUUUCUGGAGUAAUUCAUGUGCAUCAGUAAGUGUACAGUCAACAUUUAUUUUCAUUGACAUCUGUGUUUUAGUCUGCACCGUGUACACGCCAUCCAUGCAUUUACAAACCCUCUCUGGUUAGAUACAAAAGCUUGCAAAGGUGAAAAAUUGUAAUCAGUGUUACACUAUGAGAAAGUCUUUACCAUUUAGUGAUGCUCUGGCUCAGUUGAGGAGUUUCUCCCUAAAGGUAAAAGGCACUGCAUGUUUCUUUCUGAAAUGAAGAAAUACAUACAACUGAUAUUAAACAGUAUUAUUAAGCAGUACUACUACUACUAUAUCACCAUCAAGUUCGUAUUUAAGCAUUUAGU